UGAAUUUCUCAUAUUUUUUAUGAGCAAAUGAGAAAAUUGGUUGCUGCAAUUUGUCUUCUUGGGCUGAGUUUUCAAAACUUUUCUUGCUGUGCAAUGUCCAUGGCAUUUUCUUCCUAAACGUUUGGGCCUUCAUGUGAGUAUAUCCAAUCCACUGCCAAUUUAGGGUUUAAUCCGUGUUGUGUAAUUCUUCUAAGACGAAUCAGGUGAUGAUCCAAUCCAAUCAAAUUCUUCUAAUCGCGAACAAUAUUCUGUUAUGAAUAUAUGAUUAUCUAUUUGUUUGAUCGAUAUACCAUUUUAUACCACAACCUUCAAAACUAUCUGCUCACACCUUUAAUUUCUUUCCCAAUUUCCAAGAAUUCAAGAUUCCGGAUCGGAACCAUCGAAAACAUCCAUCCUCGAUCGAAUUCUUGUAGGACUCUUCUUCCAACUCUUCGACUGUCUGUUGUUCUAAACCAGGCCAAUUAGAAACUGCCACCAUUCGCGUUUUUUUCCGUAUUGGAGGUCUAACAAGUACUUAAACCAAGAAUGCUGGGUGAUCAGGAGGAAUCCUCAGAAGUUGGAGUUGACCCAAAUGGAAAUAAUGAACUAGAACUUCAUUCAGUGUUUUGGAAUCAAGACUAUAGUUGUUUUGCUGCUGGUACAAGCUGCGGGUUUCGUAUUUAUAAUUGUGACCCUUUCAAGGAAACAUUUAGACGUGAGCUGGGAAUUGGUGGAUUCAAAAUUGUUGAGAUGUUGUUUCGUUGCAACAUUUUAGCACUUGUGGGGACUGGAACUAAUUCUCUAUAUCCACCAAACAAAGUUUUGAUAUGGGAUGAUUAUAAAAGUGAAUGCAUUGGUGAAUUUUCAUUUAGGUCUGAGGUUCGAGCUGUAAAACUGAAACGUGAACACUUUAUUGUUGUUCUUGAGCAUAAAAUUUAUGUUUACACGCUGAAGGAUGUCAAGCUUCUUGAUCAGAUUGAGACUGUUGCUAAUCCAAGGGGCCUAUGUUGUCUUUCCCACCACGUAAAUACAUUUGUGCUGGCAUGUCCUGGCGUUCAACGUGGGCAGGUGCAUAUCGAACACUUUGGGCUAAAUAUGAAGAAGCUAUUCAAUGCACAUGAUUCUCAUAUUGCAUGUAUGACGCUGACAAUGGAUGGUCUACUUCUUGCAACUGCUAGCACUAAGGGUACUUUGAUAAGAAUUUUCAAUACAUUGGAUGGAACGCUCUUGCAAGAGGUACGAAGGGGAGUGGAUAGAGCAGAAAUCUUCAGUCUUGCUCUUUCCCCAAAUGUCCAAUGGUUGGCAGCAGCAAGUGAUAAAGGGACUGUUCAUGUUUUCAGCCUUAGAGUUAGAGUGGCUGGCCCGGAUUCAUCUUCUGAUACAAAUGUAAUUCAGGGGCCAACACCCUUCCAGCAAAAUUCUUCUAAUUCCAUUGACACUCUUGUUCCUUUGAAUACUGGUUCCAACCCUAGUUCGUCAUUGUCAUUCAUGAGAGGGGUCCUACCAAGAUACUUCAGUUCAGAAUGGUCAUUUGCUCAGUUCCAUUUGCCGGAGGUGACUCAGUUUAUUGCAGCAUUCGGAUCUCAAAACACUAUUAUUAUUGCUGGCAUGGAUGGGAGUUUCUACAAGUGUAGUUUUGAUCCAGUACGAGGAGGGCAAAUGUUGCAGCAAGAAUGCAUCCAGUUCUUGAAAAUGGAAAUAGGUGCAGAUCGAAUUGAUCUAUAAUAGGCUAUAAGCCCUAAUUGAUUCUCAUUCCCUUGUGAAUACAAACACUUCGAUGAUACCUGUCAAUAAGUUUAGGGUUUACUUAAUUUUUGAUGAAUAAUCACUUGGAGGUGCUGCAUUUUUUUUUUCUUUUAAUCUUCUUAUUUGUUUACAUAAUUGUUCCCCCCUCUUGUAGAAAUCUUGGUCAUUUUGGAAUUUGUGAAUAAAAGUUUCUAAUUCUUUUGCUGCUGCU